AUGGGCAUAACAUUUAUACCUGUAAGAAUCAACCGAGUCACCACAUAUCAGCAGCCCAGUGAGAAUGACAAAUUAUCCAUUUCCAAGGAGGCAGUAAUAUCUUUUGGCGUUUGCGGAAGACGUCCAUUGGCUCCCAGCCACGGUGGGACAACACGAGUGAUCGGAGGCACGGAUGUUCUGCCAGGAACGUGGCCUUGGAUGGUCAGCAUCCAGAUCCCAUCCCGCGAUGGCUACAAGCACGCCUGCGGGGGUUCCCUCAUCAGCUCUCGCUGGGUGGUCACGGCAGCCCACUGCUUCAUACAAAGACAGUUCCUGGAGCACUGGAAGCUGGUUAUUGGUGCAACGCAGCUUUCCCAGCCGGGGCCGGAUGUGCAGGAGCGCACCAUCAAGAAUCUGGUGGAGCACGAGCUGUACCAACACCGGCGGAGCCUCAACGACAUCGCCUUGAUGGAGCUGAGUGCGCCCGUCAACUGCACUGACUACAUCCAACCAGCCUGCCUGCCGGACGAGGAGGUGGACCUUUCUGAACUGUCUCACUGCUUCGUCAGUGGAUGGGGCGUCACCGAUGUCUCAAAACCGUCGCAGACAGCAGACAUCAUGCAGGAGGCCAAAGUGAACCUCAUCCCCCUGAAAGUCUGCAACAGCAGCGGCUGGUACAGUGGCCGGAUCCACUACAACAACCUGUGUGCCGGCUACGAGCAAGGAGGCAUCGACAGCUGCCAGGGCGACAGCGGUGGCCCUCUCACAUGCAGAGAAUCCAGGUCAGAGCGCUUUUGGGUUGUCGGAGCCACCAGCUGGGGCAGUGGUUGCGCCAAGGUCCGGAAACCGGGGGUCUACACCUCCACGCAGCACUUCCUGGACUGGAUCAAGGGGAAGACCAAGGAUAAAUUCUUGACUCCUGCUGGCCGCCCAGGUUCACACUCCAGGCCCCUAAAAAUGACCACCGUGGCAACGCGCAAGCCCUGGAGGCCUCCUUCCCAGCAGGAGAUCCAGCAUCCUCCUUCUAUGGGCAGCAGGCCCAGAACGCGGGGCUAA